AUGGCCCUGCAGGACAACUACAAGAGGAACAUAGGCACCACUGAGGACUUUACCACCCAGCAGCUGGCUGAUAACCAGUGUGACCUGACCUCCUCCCCAGGAUGCUACAGCUCAGAGGAGAAGUUCCUCCAUGACCUGAAGAUGAUGUGGUUCGACCUCUACUCCUGCUACCCUGGCAAGAUGGACUCCAGCGGUUUCGAGCAGUGUAUCUUUGCUAUUGUAGGGGAGAUUAAGGGUGGGAAGAUAUCUGGCUUCCAGAACUGGCUCCAGUUCUACCGGCUGGAGAAACAGGGUCUGAUUGACUACUACAGCCACAGCUUCGACGGACCUUGGAAUUCCUACCCUGAUGUGCUUGGGAUGCAGUUUACGUGGGAUGGCUACUUCAAGCAGGUUGGUUCUGCCAUCAUUGGCUGCAGUUCUGAGUUCGACUUGGCCAUGUACAGUCAUUUCUACAUCACCCGUCCAGGGAAACAGUGUAAACAGAGCCUGGGAGGGAAGCCACUGGUGAUCCAGACCUAUUCCUAUGGGAAUGGGAAGAAGUACAUCGGCUCCGCCUUCCCUGUCAUGCCCUAAAACUGAAGCACACAGCAGCCACUCAGCAUUCAACAAGCUAGCAAUAGUCUACCAAUCACAUCCCGCAUCAAACUCAACAAUGUCCAAUCUUAGUCCUGAUACAU